UGAGGGUGAAAGUUCCACGCCUGGGUGCACUUGACCGACAGGUCGUGUCCUUCGUCCUUCUGUCUGCGUAGUUGCCAUUGACUCUUGAGGCGUUCACGUAGCUAGUGUAAAUUCCUCACGGCGUGUUUGAGAUACACUAGUCGAGUCGACCUGGAUCCGAACCGGUUGAAAUAGAAUGUCAACAAGUGACGCAGUACAUUUCGAGCUGACAGUUCGAAGAGAAGCAGCGACGCCUCCGCACAGGCAAGCACACGUAGAAACAGCACGGAGUUCUACAGCAAGACAGGUGAACAGGCACGAAACUCCCCAUCCGCAGCACUCUCGCCGUUGUGCCUUCGCAUAUGAAAGGACUCACAAAGCACUAACAUUCGGAGCAGACAAACCAGCAAAAGAGGGGGAUGUUGGGUGUGGACCCAGAUACACCACCUACCUUGUGUUGACACGCUCCAAAAACCUGGAUCUGGAUAAACCUGAGCUCAGACUCAAGAGGAAGCAAGACUCCUGUGUGUUUAGAUCAAAUGAGUCACAGAGGAGUAAAACUGUGGGCUACAGCUCUCAGUUGAAUGAACAGACUUCAGUCCCUGACACAUCCAGAGAUGUUUCUCCAGAUUCUCCAUUACCUGUGAAGAUACAAUUUCUGGCCGAGAAGGACGAAGACAUUAUCAAAGUUAUAUUCAGUAGUCGGAAAUCCAGAAGUAGUCUUCCAUGUGGAUCACAACUAGGAGCUGAACUAGAACCAACCGCAAAGGGCCGUGCCAAGCUUCAAAAGCAAACUGACUUUGAGCUGUCUCGAUCCGAUGAAGUCAUGUUGUCUUCUGCAAUGGUGACUGUACUUGCACCCACAUGGAGUGGCCGACUUCGACGGUCCAAAAGGCUGGAGGCAACAGGCAGUUUGGAUACUUUGGAAAAUUUACCAGGUGUGGAAAACUCUGAGGCAACUCCUCCACGGGAUUACUCUCAGGGCUGUCAAAGUGCUAUGGGUACUGUGUUUAACAUAUCAUCAACCCAGUCAAGAGCUCCAUUUCUGAGCAGUAGGCAGAACACUACUGGCUGGUCCACUAAAAGUGGUCCUCAAACCCUCAAAUACGAAGCAGAGAGUAAAGUCACUCGAACGGUUUCGUUGGAUGGACGCUCUUCUGAUAUGAAAAAAGCUGAAGCAAGCACCACCUGGAAUCAAUAUGGGCAAAAGAGGAAUCCACAAGACUGUCAUCCAGUGCGACGCUCGUCUUUGAGUUCAAAGCCAACAACGAGCAGUCUUCUUCUAUCGUUAAGAAAAAUUAACAAUCAAAACAUGAACUCUAAUAUUCCUACUCCAUCUGAGGUCACGCCAAUGCCGCUCAGCAGUGAUCAAGAUGUAAAACACUACCCAACACAUCCGUCCCAACCCAGUCACAAAACACUUGAGAGGGAAAGGUUUAAGUUGCUCCCAUAUUCUUUGUCCAUUUCUUCUAGGACACCUGAGACGCAACCAGCUAGUUCUCUAUCAUUAACUAAUCAAGGUAAAAGAGACGUAAUGAAAACAAACUUGUUUCCAUCCACAGACAUAAACAAAGUUACAACUGACACACCCAAACAACCACAAGUGAUGAAUAGAGAGCAGCCAAGUCUUUCAGGCUCUAGACAAGCACUUUUCAUUCGACGAACCUCAGAGAAUGAACAGAAUCGGAGAGGUUCAGGGAGAAGUUUGAACAUAUUUUCUGACAACACUGUAUCAUCGCAUAAACAAUGUCAAUACGAGGCGGGUCUGCUUUCAGAAACUGGUGUAUCUCCUAGAAAUGCAUCUGAGACAUCCUCUUCCAGGUGGCAUUCAAAUUGCCAGAAGGGCAGACUAACUCCAGUUCUCACCGACACGCCCAAUGUCGUAAACAAGCCAAACACUCCCUUAAUUCCUCUUUGUAACAAUAAUUGUGACACACCAGCUCUAAGUCCAACUAAUAACAAAAGUCUUGACUCUCAAAUUUCCAACAAUAGCCGCAACAGUAUCACAACAGAGUCAGUUUGCAACGGUAGCAUCAAUUCUUUGAAGCCACAAAAAGGCGGAUCUGGUCCUUCCAAAGAGAAACAUACUGACUAUUCACUUGACAAAGUCAGGCUUGCCAAACAACUGCACGAGUCCAGUUUGAAAAGACCAGAGGCACGAAAGUCUCAAAGUUUGCUUGACGGGCAACCUACUAUGAGUCACCAAAGAAAUUCCAUUAAGCGUGAUGUAAGUAACGGCUCAUUUCAAGCACAUGUGAGCGAUUUGUCGACAGCUAUGUUAAGACCGAAUAGCCCACCCCCUCCUGAGACCAAAACCAGAAAUAAUCAUUUUUUACUCACAAAAAAUAACACUAAUCAAAGCCAGACAAUUAAACAGUUUCCGUCUCUUGAUAGCACUCACACUUUCAAGAAUCAGGUUGUUGGCUCUAAAAAUGUCUGUGGUUUCUCACAGAAUCAAAAUUCCUGUCCUUCAUUUCAGUCCAAACCAGAUUGUUCUCAGACCAAUGUUAGCACUUCAUUGAUUAGCUCUACAGCUCAAACAUUAAAAAUCUCCAAUACAGUCACCACCACCACCUCACCUCUGGGCUUCACUAGAAGUUAUUCUGCCACCCCCAGCGCUUACCAAGCAAAAGCUGUGUCCUGCCUUGUUCCGAUGGCGAAAGACACUUCCAAAACAAACUGUAGCCUCGCUUCUACGUCCACUUCUCUGGCCACAACAACUACUCCCACCCAGAGUAGCAGCACUCUUGCCAUGACAUCACAUCUCCAAACACCGCCUGCAACCCCAACCAGUCCAAACCUAAAAGCGGGAGGAAUAUUAACCAACCGAUCAGAAAAAGACAAUAAAAAACCAGGCCAAGGACAAGGAAAGAGAGUGAAGCAUGUCAUGUGGGAAGACUCAGAGAACUUUGAACCUACUAAAAGUCCAGAUACGUCUGUCCUAACCAUCCCUUUAUCUCGCUCAAGGUCUCAGCGACUCAUCAGAGCCCCAUCUAUCUUCUCGUUUCUAAGAUUGGGCAGUCAAAACACAAAAAACACCUGUCUUACCACGUCACCUAAGACGUCUAACUUGCAGGUGGGAAAAGGAGAGAAGUAUAGAUCUCUCUCUUCUGACUUUGCAGAAAGAACAUCAACUGAGGGAGGAGAUUCUCAACAAAACCAUACCAACUUGAUGGGCUCUGACCAAGAGAAAAAAGAUGCAACCCUGUGCCGACUGCAGAGGUCACUGUCAUUGCAAGGUGAUGAAUUCCUGCGUCAAACAACUCCUCUCACGCCCCUUUCUGACUUUUCAAAUGGAUACAAGAUCCGCUACAGUCCCCCGCCUUACUCCACUCUAAUCUCCAACCGUGGUGAAACUAAGAAGUCUAACCUUAGGAUGCCACUCUUCCAAAAUCCAUAUAUAAUUUCAAAUAAUUCCCCCCCAAAUUCCUUACAGUCUGAUCCAGAUGUGACCACAUCUAACCUAAAACUGACACUUAAAAAUUCACCGAAACAAUUGUCUUCCGCCCUCCAGAGCAAAAUGUUAUCGCAUGAAAAGUCAGUGGAUAGUGUUCCAACAGAUGAUAUCAACAAUAACAACUACAACAGUAUAUGCCGUAAUCAACAAAAUGGAUGCAUGCUUGCUGAAAGUGGAGUUAAUGCCACCUCGCAAUCUCUGCAAACCCACAAAACGAAUACGUGUGCUACUGCUCCAAAGAAUGCAAGGCCUGAAUCAAUGCAACUUCACACAAAGACUGUCCCUUCUUUGAUGGCAAAGUCAAAUGAGCAGUCACACAAAACUCUGAGUCAUUCAAAUCAAAGUUCAAGUGGCAGCAGCUCAACAGAGAGUCAGUCUGCUGGUGACGAAGUCGGCAACAAAAGAAUGAAGGAGAGCGUGAUCGGCAAAUUCCGACUUUUCUCAGCUGAGAACAACAAUGAGCAAAGCCCUAAGAGACGUCGUUUUGGUCUGAAGAAAAGUCUCAGCACGCCAAACUCAGAACCUGAAAAGGCCAACAAAUCUUCAAACAAAAUGGACCAGGUUAUCAGCAUACUGAGGCAUACAUUCAGCACCAAACGCCCUGAUGAUGAGCUUCCUCCAAGCAAAUGGAGGCAAGCUUAUGAUACACCCUCUGUCGGGGAACUGAGCGAUUGCAGCAGUACCCAUGAUGCCACAAUUGAGAGCCAAAGAAAUGCAGUGCGUGACCAACAAGAGAACGGACUGCAGGAAAACAAGGCAAAACAAGGUGAAGAUUGGAUACAGAAAAGAUAUUCCAUAAUACCAAAAUUAUCCAUCCAAAAUUCCAUGACAGAAAAUGAGUUCUUCAUUUAUCCUGACCAGUCCAAUACCAAAGACCAAAACAAACUAACCACUGCUGCAAAAGAAUUGCCUGACCAGAAUGGAGUGAAGAAUAGAGACACAGACCAGUUCCUUCUUUGUUUGGAUCAUAGUACCGGUACUAAGGUGAGGAAAUCAACUUCCAGUUCCAAGAGUCCAUUCUCCCCCUUCUCCUCUCUUUCCACCCACUCACCAUUUUCUUCACCCGAUGCGGCCAAUGAUAACGUCUUCUACAGCCCAAAGAUUCAGCGCCGAAGAGAGAGCUCAUCACCAUGUGAGCCAGGGGAAGGAAUAAGUCUAGUGAGUUCACGGAGAAGCCGGGCCUCCACUGGUCCACCAAGUAUAGGUCCGGUACAGGACGACGCCUCGUGCUAUGCUGAUUUAAAAUACGGUAUUGAACCAGGGAGGUCAGUUUCUGUGAGCUCUGUACUCUCCAGUCGGCCGUCAGGACCUGGACGAAUCUCCACCGGUCCCAGAUUCAUGAGCGUGGGUGACCUAUCGGAAUCAGUCCAGACGCACGGACAAACUGAUGAGGAAUUUAAGCAGUGGUUAGAGAAGCAUUGCAAACAUAGACCGAUCAGGCAGAUCCAGUCUUACUUACCCAGCGAUGCAGUAAAAGCCAGAUCAAGAUCUCUUCCCAGAUCGCUGACACGGCGUUUGGCUCAGUGGAGCUCGGGUGUCUCUGUUUGUCCUCCUGCAGACACCGUAUCAUCAAUGUCACCCCAUCAUUGGAGCCCCAAGAUGAAUGUUUGUCAAUUUGACUGGGAAACAGUAAGCCCCCCAACUCCUCCUCCUACACCUCCACUGUCACCACAGCCCAGACGCAUGUCCAAACCUCUCACCCCUUCCCCGCCUAAUUUUCCCAGCUCACCUGGAGAAACACUGGACAGCCACUCUCCCAGAGGGCAUCUACCCUCGCGAGGUUACAUCUCCAGCUUAAGCACAUUUGAAGAGUCCUCUGACAGCAGCUCAGAUACAACUACGGAUGACGAAUAUUACAUCGAACGAAAUGAUGAUGGUGAAGAAAAGGAGACCGAAUUGUGAAAGCAGUUAAAAUUUGAAUCUUGAUGAUACAGGACUUGAUAUGGUAAAAGUAAGCAGGGAGGAACAUGAAACGUGUAAAACAGUUUGUCAACGAUGACAGUAAUGAAAAUAUUUCGUCAAGGAACAAAUUUUUUCAUGUUGUUGGGUUGGGUUGAGAGACUUAAACAUGAUGAGACGAAUGCCAGGUUUUUCAUCUGAUGAGACAACAACGAGACAAAAAUGCAACAUAGUUUCUGUCAUAUGUUCUCAAUGCGUAACUUUUUCUUAUUGUACGUGGAGUAUGUCAGUCUGCAUCGUAACAGUGUUUGGGUCUUGUCACACAUGUGAGAUGUGCUACGCCACCACGCCUUAAUACUCAUCGAUGUUAGGCUGUGCCUCAAGCUAGUCUGCGCUCCAGGCGUGCUUAGUUUGAAACACAUGCUAAGAAUUUUUUUCUUAUCUUGGCAAGAGAGAAUAUGCAAUGUUCCUUUAGUCUUUAAACGUCUGUGCUGAUUGAUCACACACUAGUCAGGGGUAAACAAUUAGGGAAAUUUGAUGUUCAUUGGCCCCACUAUCAAAACCACUGGCCCAGGUCAACAUAUCAGUUGUUUAUCCCAAUUAUCACGAAAAAGACAACAAUUUGCUUAAAUAGCAUUUAUUUUUUUAGGUAUUUUUGAGGUAGAUUUAAUGAAAAGUUCAGCAAAACAGUGCUUGGCUGGGUGCUGGGGGUUUCAGAAACAUGUCGUCUUGUUGUAUAACAUUAAUGGGGUAAUGAGACACUGACAAUAUAUCAGCAGCAGUAAUUAGGUUGCACCCAUUUAUGCGGGAGCGAGCGAGGUGUGUUUACGCCUCACGGAGAUCAACGAUUGGCUGCAUAAACUAUAAGGUUGUCUUUUAUCGGGAUAGCUUAACGUCAUCAAAACACUAUUUUUAAUGGCCCCAUUGAGCCAGUAGUUGGAGCAUUCUGGUGGCCCUGACGGUUUUCAAAGUUCGUCCAGGCCACCGGGCCAUUUAUAUUGUCGACCCCUGCUAAUGUAACUCAUACAUUUAGCAUAGUGUUUGUGUUAGCUUUUACAUUUAGCGUGGCAAGUUUCGUCUUUUCAGACAAGUAAGUAGUGUUGUUAAUAAUGGCGUUUCUAACAGAGUUAUUUUUUUUAAGCAAUCUAAUUACUCUUCCAAUCUUUGCAACACCGUUACAACGUUAGCAUUUAGCAUGGCGUUCGUCAUCUAAAACUCUCGGGCAACUUUUUUUUUUUACAUACAGUUUUGGCGUCCAGGUGUGCUUAACUAAUUGUAAAUAUUUUACUGUUUUUCUUCUUCUUGUGUAUUAUUAUCAUGAAGUUAGCGUUGUCCUUGUAAACGCUGCAAUAUAUGUAUGUCUGUCAAUGUUUAUUUGAAAUUGUUGCAAACCUUUAUUUAUUUGUUUUUGGACUUUUAUAGACAAAGUAAUUUUGGGUAAUCGUCGAACAUAAGUAACGUAAACGAACACAUUUUGAAAUGACUAAAACAUCACUAAGACUAUUAGUUAUUUUCAUCCGAAAGACAGACGAAAAUUGAAAGGGCUGCCAAAAACAACACUGGUUUAAAAGAUAUAUAAGAAUGUAGGCUGACAGUUGUAGCAAGUGACUUAAGUGGCUCGUCGGGGUUUGAACAAUUAUUUGCGAAAGAACGGGGUAAACCAAGCGUUUAGGAAUGUAUGUAUGUAUAUACAAUUACGCUCUGCAAAAUUUAUAAUACAGUAAAAAUGGAUGCUUAGCACACAUUUUGAGCAGCUGCAUGGCUUCAGUUUGGGUUUUGCCUCAGUGGAGUUGUUUUAAUCCUCAAGUUUUAUGUUUGGUACAUUAGCAAUGCAUGUGUUUUAUGCCACUGAGAUUUCUGGUCGUCGGUCCGAUCAUGGUUUUAUGUAUUUGUUGUGUUUGAAACAAGGGCGUAGGUUUGCAUAGGGACGGUGGGGACAUAACAUGCUCAAAUUGUCCCCACCAACUUUUAAGUUACCUUAUUUGCAUUAUAUAAUGAGUUCAGUUAAAUUGGUCAUUUAGACUGUCUUCCCAUAGACUUACAUUUACCCCUUUUAACUUGCUGAAUGUGCCCCCCCCCCCCCCCCCCAAACACACGUUAGAUUGGCUGUUGACUAGACCCUCCCCCCACACACAGUCACACAACCCUGAAGUACAGUGGUAUGAAGAAGUAUCAGAACCUUUUGGAAUUUCUCACAUUUCUGCAUAAAAUCACCAUCAAAUGUGAUCUGAUCUUUUUCAAAAUCACACAGAUGAAAAAAACUCUCUGCAUUAACUAAAACCACUUAAACAUUGAUAGGUUUUCAUAUUUUAAUGAGGAUAGUAUGCAAACAAUGACAGAAGGGGGGAAAAUAAGUAAGUGGACAUUCACAUUUCAUAUUUUGUGGCCCCCACUUUGGCAGCAAUAACUUCAACCAGAUGCUUCCUCUAACUGCAGAUCAGUCUGGCACAUCGAUCAGAACUAAUCUUUGCCCAUUCUUCUCUACAAAACUGCUGUAAUUCAGUAGUCAUUCCUGGGAUGACCGGCAUGAAUCGCUGUCUUUAGGUCAUGCCACUGCAUCUCAAUGGGGUUCAAGUCUGUACUUUGACUUGGCCACUCCAAAACGUGUGUUAGGUUCUUCUGAAACAAUUCUGGAGUUGAUUUACUUCUGUGUUUUGGAUUAUUGUCUUGUUGCAGCAUCCAUCCUGUUUUUAGCUUCAACUGUCUAACAGACGGCCUCAGGUUUCCUGCGAAGCAUCCUGAUAAACUUUUGAAUUUAUUCUUUCAUUAAUGUUUGCAAGUUGUCCAGGCCCUGAGUUAGCAAGACAGCCCAAAAUCAUGAUGCUCCCUCCACCAUACUUCACGGCGGAGAUGAGGUGUUGAUGUUGGAGAGCUGCUCCAUUUUUCCUCAACAAAUGAUGUUGUGUGUUACUUCCAAACAAUUCAACUUUGGUUUCAUCAAUCCACAAAAUAUUUUGCCAAAACGUCUGUGGAGUGUCCAAGUGCCUUAAUGCAAACAUUAAACGAGCAACAAUGUUUUUUUAGACUGCAGUGGCUUCCUCCGUUGAGUCCUCCCAUGAACACCAUUCUUUGCCAUGGUAUUACAUAUAGUCGAUGUGUGCACAGAGAUAUUGGACUGUGCCAUUGAUUUAUGUAAGUCUUUAGCACACACACUAGCGUUCUUUUUUACCUCUCUGAGUAUUCUGCGCUGAACUUUGAUGGACGGCUACUCCUUGGGAGAGAAGCAACAGUGCCAAACUCUCUCCAUUUGUAGACAGCUUCACUGACUGUCAAUUGAUGGACAUCCAGACUUGUAGAGAUGGUUUUGUAUCCUUUCCCAGCCUUAUACAAAUCAACAAUCCUUGAUCGCAGCUCUUUUGACCAAGCCAUGAUACACAUCAGACAAUGCUUCUCAUUAAGACAUUUCUUACCUGGUGUGUGUUUUAUAGUGUGCAGGGCAGCUUUAAACCACUCAUCAGUGAUUGGGCACACACCUGACCUAAAUUGUUUGGAAAAAAUUGGUUUCAUUUGCUCUGUAAGUCUCCUUAGGCAGAGGGUUCACUUAUUUUCACUCCUCCUGUCUUUAUUUGCAUGCAAUCCUCAUUAAAAUAUGGAAAACUAUAAAUGUUUGGGUGGUUUUAGUUAAAGCAGACGCUGUUUUUCAUCUGUGUGAUUUUGACAAAGAUCAGAUCACAUUUGGUGGGGAUUUUAUGCAGAACUUUGAGAAAUUCCGAAAGGUUCAGAUACUUUUUCAUACCACUGUAACAUGUAAUUCCAUGAAUAGGUUAAGUAGUAUAAAUAGUACCACUCCUCCUCCCCCCAACAAAAAUAAAAAGGAAACGCACAAAAACAACCACUGCAAAUUUCUUUUACAUGAAGCAAGGGGGAAUUCCCCCAUUUUAAAAAACGACUACCUCCCAUGAAACAACAAUUGUAACUCUUUUCAUUUUUACAUAGUAAACACAUCAGCAUAUUCGUGAGAAAUGUAGCCCUGACCCCCGUUCACCUGAUCUGUUUGGUCUUAUUAAUGUCUCGUCCCCAGCAAAAAGUGUACAUGCGAGUUAUGCUUUUAUAGCAGCGUCCCUACUAAUGUUGACACCAAACUUAGGCCCUUGGUUUGUAAGUAUGUACUCCAGAUCGUAACGUGUGUUAAAAUGGUAUUGCCCGCCACACUGUAAUUGGGAUUUGCUGCUGGAAUCCAUCGUGGUUGUAUAGAAUAAACCUUAUUUUUCCUAUGCUGCCAAGCAAUAACCCCACUGGUAAAAAGGAAAAUGAUGUUUAAAAAGAUGUUAUAUUUGUGUGUGCUUGAAAUUGUUAAUGUUUUAAAGCUGAUGUUUAUUUUUUUAACCACUGUAUUUUAUUGGGUAAAGAAAUCAUGAUGUACUGGACUGUCUCAGAAAAUUAGAAUACACAACAUUCUAAUUUUCUGAGACAGUCCUGUAUAUUGUUCUAUGUAAAGGACGUCAGCCAAGGUCGGCCCCCCACAUUUUUACCACGCCAAAUCUGGUCCCCUUUGCAAAAAGUUUGGACACCCCUGCUUUAAAUGGUGGAUUAAUGUACAGGACUGUCUCAGAAAAUUAGAAUAUUGUGUAUUCUAAUUUUCUGAGACAGUCCAGUAUGUGGUCAUUUAAUAUCUGUCAUUCAAAAUUAUCAAGUGUUUUAUUCGGUGCCUGAUAUGUUUUGUCCAAAGUAAAUAUUUGCACAGUGACAAUUUAACAUCUUAACAUAUGAGUUUUAUAAAUAAAUAUAAUGUUUUCAACAAGCUCUCUCAGUAUUGAAUAUGUUCCAUUCAUUCAGUCAAGUAGUGUCUCCUGUGUGUGUUCAUUGCAACAAGGGCGUAGGUUUGUAUAGGGACGGUAGGGACAUAACACUAGCAACUUUUCAGGA